AUGACCGCCGCGAGCACUCACGACCCAAUGCACUUGUACCUCGACGAUGCCCCGGAUGCCGGUAUGUCGCAUCUGCGUCAAAUCUUGCGCCGCGUGAAGAUGGGAACGCGCUUGGCAAUCGAGAUCUACUCAGGGCGCAGUUUCACCGUCGAAAGAGGCGCUGCUACUGUCCAAAUUAUCCACCUCUCCACGCGGAAAAUCCAGAGGGGAGAAGAGCUGAAUAAGAAGGUGGAAGAUGCUAUCGAGGAGGCCUUCGGCAACCGCAUUGAGCAUAUGUACGCUGUGGAGAGCCUGGCGACGGACCCCAAGAUGCAAGGAAGAGGCUAUGGCACCGCGCUGGUGGCCACCGUCACAGACAAGGCGAGCAUUGCUCACGGUCGCUGCGUUUUUUCGUAUAUUGACACAGUGAUUUGGCUCACCUCCGGCAAGAAGGCCGACGCACAAUGGCUUGACACCUGGCUGAUAUCCUCAAACGUGGCAAACACUGGCUUCUACGAGCACUGUGGCUUCCAAACCGUGUCCACCUUUACCUUAGGCGACGGCAAUCCGACAUGGACGAAGCCUCCGGUUGUCGUCACAAUCAUGAUCAGGGAAUUUCGACCACAGACGCGACGGGAGAAGGCCUUCUUAAUCUCUGUACCACACCCCAUGGCCCACCGACGCACUCAGUCGCAGCGAUAUCCCGCCAUGAACAGCCCCCUCGCGCUCGAGUCCCCGCCUCUGACCCCCACCCUCGCCGUCUUCGGCUCUCUUACGACCCGCAACCCCAAGAGUUAUUGGUACCGCACCACCUUCUUGGCGCUCUUUGCCCUGGUCGUGCUGUCCGUCUACGUGCUGCUCGUCGCACAGCCGUCGCUCUCGUCAAUACCAAUGUUCGAGCCUGACGGGGCGCGCCACCCGCCUUCGCGAAUCUCGUCUGAGGCGUACCGCCUCGCCGCCCUCCGACACAAGCAUGCGGCUGGCGUGGCAUCUGUAGGUUCGGCGGGCAGUGCGGAGCGGCCACAGAUCGAGCUGGACAGCGCACAGGAGCUCGCGGCGGUGUCGAGCUUCAUCGCGAGCCUGCCGCAGAAUGUAAUCCCGUCCUUCGUCGAUCCGUCACGCCCAAUCGACCCCCAGCUUGUGUUGGACUUUGACACGCGGAGUGUGCAGGCGGUGGAGGAGGUGCAGACGGUCGUAAACGAAGUGUGGGCGCGGAAUCCGGUCAUGCUCUACUCCAAGUUCUACUCUCCUAUAUCACGAGAAAUCAAGCAGAUGCUAUCAGAGAUGUACCUGAGCCCAUCGCCAACGAUCAUAGAAGUUGAUCAACGAACGGACGAGUCUGUGCUUGCACCCCUCCUCUUCCGUCUCACAUCAAAAGCUGAGCUGCCAAUCCUGCUCAUCGGCGGCCGCCCAGUGCAAGGGUCCCUGGAGGAGCUGCGGUAUCUGAAGCAAAAGGGCGAGCUGCAGCGGAUGAUCAGCGCAGCGGGCGCAGAGAUCUACGGCGCAAAGAAGAAGCAGAGGAAGUUUUAA